AUGUCGCCGUCGUCGUUCUGCUCCCUCCGUUUCUCCGUCGCUCUCUUCCUCGUAAUCUCCGCCGUCCCAAUCGCUUUCCUCAUUUCCCUGGAGCGAGCCGUUCCUUCGACGCAUGUCUUCUCUUACCACAGCUCCGGCUUCUUCCGCGAGUGCGCCAAAUGGGACGACGUCGGCCGGAGAUUCCUCGUCUCCUUCAUGGACGGCGGCGGAAUCGGCGAGGUUGUUCCUAGAGACUCCGACGCUGUUCUGAAGGAAGUCACUCUGGUCAGAGACGCUGACAUCGCCGGAAACGCUUCCCUCGGAAUCGCCAUCGACCGCGACAGAAACCGUCUCCUCGUCGCUGUCGCCGACUUGCUCGGAAACCGAUACAGCGCUCUAGCGGCGUAUGAUAUGUCCACGUGGCGUCGUUUAUUCCUCACCGAGCUUAGCGCCCAUAGCAAAGAGAAAUCAUUUGCAGACGAUGUAGCUGUCGAUGGACAAGGGAAUGCGUAUGUUACGGAUGCGAAAGACAGUAAAAUCUGGAAAGUGGAUGUGAAUGGGAAGCUUGUGUCGACCAUUGAAAGCCCUCUCUUCACACCACCUGGAUGGUACAAUAACCUCGUCGCUCUCAACGGCAUUGUUUAUCACCCUGACGGCUUCCUCAUCGUCAUCCACACUUUCUCCGGUUUAUUAUUCAAAAUCAACUUAACCGAUGGUAAUAAAGUCACUGUCAUUGACGUUACUGGUGGUACAUUGAGGUUUGGAGAUGGGCUUGAGUUCUUGUCUCCCACCAAGAUUGUUGUUGCAGGUAGUCCAUCGGCGAAAUUGGUGGAGAGCUCGGACGGGUGGAGGACGGCUUCUGUGACCGGUUGGUUCGGCAGCGGUAUGGUUCACCGAAUAGUGUCGUCGGCUACUGUGAAGGAAGGAAGAGUUUAUCUUAACCACAUUGUUGGUUUUGGUUCUAACAAGAGACACAUACUUGUAGAAGCUGUGUUUUAG